AUGCAUGAAAAUAUAACAGAAAAAGAUAUAAAUGAUGUUUUUGAUGAUAUCUUACUUUUUGAAGAAAAUGUGAUCGGCCAAUCUUACGACGAAGGUUUCAAAAUAGGUGUACUCCAAGGAAAUAAAGAGGGAUAUCACCUAGGAUACCACAGAGGUGCAGAAAUAGGUGCUGAAAUAGGGUUUUAUUUAGGACUAGUUGAAAAAUAUAUAGAUUAUUAUUCUAAAUUUGAAGAGACACCAACCAAAAUAAUUAACUCUUUAGAAGUUUUAAAAAAGCUGACAUUAGAUUUCCCGAAAAUUAAUUCUGAUGAAAUUGAUUUAUUUGGCCUAUUAAAUAAUAUAAGAACAAGAUUUAAAAAACUUUGUGCUCAAAUGAAAAUAAAUAUAAGUUAUCCAGAGAAAAACAACUUAAACUUUUAA